AGAGACAGCUCACCUUUUUGGUAUGGGUGUGGGGCUACCUUUUUUCGCUUCUUCCAUCAUCAGCCAUAUUUGCCGUGUGUUAAAUACACAAGGAACACGUUGGUUAGCCCACAACUGUUGAGCACGCGAAGGGGUUGCAUGCUCGCCGCGUCCGACCUCGUUGAAAUUGCGGAACUCUGUCUGCCGUGCGACUACGCUGGAGAAGAGGGCGAAAGCGCAGCAGCACGCCGCCAUGAGCGCCGCUCUUUGGGACGCGGAAAAUGGAGGAGCACCUGCGACUGCUGCCGCAGCAGCAGCAGCAGCAGAGAGCUCGGCGGAGAACUGGGAGCCGGCGUCGCAGGCCAGGAUCGGCGGCGGCAUCGACUCGGCGGGAGGUUCGGGCUAUCCCGAGACGAAGGACAACGGCGAGGAUGCCGCCGCGAACCUUUUCGGGAAUGACAUCCCAGUCGAGGACGGGGGGACGGGCGGCGGCGGCCCUGCUGUCGUGAUAGCUUCGAUCCCCCCGGCGGCGGCCGACGGGGUCGUCGGCAGGGGCGGCGGGCUCGGCACCCGGGGCUCGGCUGCCGGCACCGGCUUCGCCUCGGGCACGAGCACGCUGACGAAGCGCCGGAACUCCAUGGCCUUCGAGAUCGCCCGGGUGGAGCGGGCGGGCAAGGCCGCGCUCGCGAACCUCGAGAAGGCCAAGCGGGCCUGGGAGCUAUCCCGGCCGCGCUUCGUUGAGGAGAGAUCGGUCCACGGGCCGGCGAUGGGAGGGAGCGGCGGCGCAGGAGGGGGGAGGGCGGGGAAGAGGAGGGCGCGCUUGCCCCCCGGGCAGGAGAACAGGGACGCGGUGCCCUACGGCGUGUGGAGCACGAGCUGGGCGCAGAUGGGCGACUUCGGGCUUGACGUGGGGAUGUAUUUCGUGACCCUCGCCCAGCUUGUCGGGGCCGUGCUCGUGUACGCGGCGCUCUGCGUGGUGGCCAUGGUCCACUUCUCCAGCGAGAACUACUCCGGGCAGCAGGCGGGAGUGCGGGCCGACCUCAGGGGCUCCGCGGUUUGCACGGCCUCCAAGCAGGUGUUGGCCUACCCGCGGGAUAGCUGGGACUUUAGGGACACGUUCGACAGGAACGACUGCCCCCUCGACUCGAAGCAGGGUUACGCCGACAUGGCGGGCGUGCUGCUGCUGUUCAUGCUGCUGCUGCUCCUUGGGAAGGCGCAGGAGAAGGCCGCCGAGUACACCGCGACGCAGGGAGCGGGGCAGGUGUCGGUGGCAUUGACGGUGAUCCACUCGGCCCAGCCAUACACGGUGAAGGUGUCAAGCCCUGACCCCCUUGCGGACGACCCCGACCGGUGGAGGAGGCUGUUCGCCCAGUUCGGGCACGUCUCUUACGUGACCGUCGCUCGCGGCAACGGGGCGCUGUUGCGGGCGAUGGCAGAUCGCAGGGCCGCCGGCCGCCGGCUGGAAACCAGCACGCCCGAUGUCGCGGAGGACACGAAGUUCUGGACGCGGGAACUGUGGGACGCUCAUCAGCGAGUGGAGGGCGAGAUCAUGAAAGGCAUGCACGUCCAGGGGCUGCCUGUGGUGAAGGUUUUCGUGACGUUCGAAUCGGAUCUGAGCCAGGCGCGGUGUCUGUCCCACAUGAGCCGCGGUAUCCUCGACACCCCGGAGGAGCAGCACAUGUACACCAACCCAGACGGCAAGAAAAACACACCAAACAUGUCCAGGUUCAAGACGGCGCUGCACGUGAUGCCGGCAUCACCCGCUUCGGAGGUGCUCUACGAGAACCUUCACAUCGGCGCCAUCCACAGGAUCGCGGCACAGGUCCUGACGUUCGUGCUGACGACCAUGAUCGUCAUCAUCUCGUUCGUUGCGGCCCGCGAGCUGGAGACCGUCGGCGUCGUCGCGACGGCGCUGGUGAUUACGGUCGUGGACGUCGUCCUGCCUCCCCUGGUGCGCCUCAUCUGUUCCGUGGAGAAGCACCACAACUCCAUCUCGCACGACCUGAGUGUCAUGAACAAGCUUACGCUGGCGCGCUGGGCCAACCUCGCGGGCAUCCCCUUCUGGCUGAACGACCGCCUGGGGACUCUGACCGAGAACAACCUUGAGCUGGUGGUGACGGUGCUGUGGCUCAACGCCUUCGUCCCGACGUUAAUCCGCUUGCUGGAUAUCCGCGGCAGGUGGUCCAGGAGCGUCCUCGCCAAGAAGGAGGUGCUGCAGGCGGCAAUGGACUCGCACUUGGAAGGCUCGCGCUUCCACCUCUCCGACAGGUAUACGGACAUGACCAAGACAGUCUUCGCUUGCCUGGCCUACGCCCCCGUCCUCCCGAUCGCCAUGUGGAUCGGCCUCCUCUCUCUGGCGUUGUCGUAUUGGUCCGACAAGUGGCUCUUCGUCAAGGCGUGGCGGACCCCGCAGCCACCGGGCAACAGCGGCCGCGUGGCGAGGCUCGCCAGGAGGCAUCUGGCGCUGGCCGUGCUGGCGCACUGCGUGUUCGCGCUCUACUACUACGCGGGCUGGCCGUUCGACCGCAUCUGCCGCUUCGAGCAAGGUUGGAUUGAGUGCUCGCAAGAAGGCACAGGGCUUAUCGAGGCCGAGACUCAGGCGUGGAUGACGGGGCCACAGAAGACGCUCGUCGACGUGUUCUCCGCGCUAAACGUGGCCUGGCUCGUGAUACUGCUGGUGUUCUACUACCUGCAGUCCAUCAUGAGGGGGAUCUCUCUGGUCGUGAAGGGGGCCCCGCGAAAGCUCAGGUCGAGGCAGCACAUGCCUUUCAGUCAGCUCACCAGCAGGUAUCAGCACGAUGUCGAUGCCUACGUACCCCAGAUCAAGUCCUCGCACCAGCCCCUGCCGCUGCUGGCGUGCGACCUCGACUAUGUGGAGCCGGAAACCAUCCCGUGGCAGGUGGACGGGCACAAGGGCGACAGCUUCGAGGACUACUGCCUCAGCAGCUCGAGGGACAUGCCGCGGACGUCGCGCUACCAGCGCGCCCGGCUCUUCAGCCUCUGCGUGCACUACCCUCCGCCGGCCCCCUUCGAGGCCAUCGGCAACGGGCCACCGCUCCCAGGACUGCAGGAGACCAAAAUUCCGGAGAUAGGAGAGGCGAGUCGGCGGCUGCAGCAGCAGCCGCCACCGCAGCAGCAGCAGCAGCAGCAGAGGGGGUUGCGGCAACGCGGCAACGAUGACGCGGUCAACAUGGGAUCCAUGCCCGGUCUCGUCGACCAGGAUUACGCCAGCCAACACCCGCAGUCGCAGGCGCCGCUGGACAGCAACGGCCCGCAGCAGAGCAUCUACCGCAGCAGCGUGGCCUCCGCGGAGGGGGAGAGGGUCCCCAUGCUGCCGGGCGGGGCGCAGUCCUCUCUUGUUUCCACCGCGAUCGUCGCCGCCGACGCGAUGAGGGUGAGAGAGACGCGGGUGAGAGGGGAGGAAGAGGACGACGGGAGCGGCGGGGUCGGCGGAGGCGGCGGCAGUUCCGCGGGAAAAACCAUGGAUGCUUCCGCGGAAGGGGCGGCCGCGGAGGGGGAUUUCGGGGACGGCGACAUGGUCUCGGGACUCUCGGACCGAUCCGGACGGUCCACCCUUCAGCGGUCGCGAGACCAGGGCGACCAAGCGUCGGACAUCCACCCGGGCGAGGGCGCCGACGAGUACGCCAUCCGGCAGUCCGGUAGCGGCAACCGGCCCACCCGUUUCUCGAACGGGAUGGCGAACGGCACCGGCGGCGUUGGCGGAGCCGGGGGCGCCGCCGCUACGGCCGCGAACGAUGGCUCCGGCGGCGCGAGAGGGGGGGGCAGGGAGGAAGACAUAGACAUGCCGGAACUGGCGACGCCGAGAGACGGGGAGGACGGGGACAUGUCGUUCUACGACGGCAACUCGCGGCUUGAGGAGGAGGUGUUGGACAACUUCGCGGACAUCCCGACUCCGGCACCGAGGGGAGCGGGGGCCCGCGGCAGCGAGGCCGUGGCCGGCGCCGACGGCAGAACCUUCCGCACCCAGAGGAGCAAUAGCUCGGAGGGGUGGGUGGACCAGUACACGAGCAGCUCGCUGGUGGUGUCGAAGGCGGCACCGUCGAAGAGCUCGCAGCAGCAGCAGCAGCAGGUGACAGCUGAGGCGGCGAGAGGCGGCGAGAGUUAAUUCACCGGGUCCUAAUGCCCUUUUUACUACUCGUGGUGUUCUUGUCGCGUCACUUGCUUUUUGAAGCCCGGCUUCUUUCGUCUUGUUUUUUUUCAAAGAAAAGCAAGACAACAAACACAGCUUUGUUUUAGUUGUGGUUUGUUCUGUUUGGGCUGAACGAUUAAACAGGGCGCGUGCGCGUGUGCAUAUGGUGUGUGGUGUGGCUGCGGGGGAGAAAGCUUGUAGUGGGGGGAGAGGGGGGGAACAUUCCUCUCGCUGCAGGGGAGCGAUGGCGUAGGGGGUGCGGACGGGGGGUACGCAGUGCACUGGUUGUUUGCUGUCGUCUAUUCGUUUUGGAAGGAUUCAAGAUUGCUAGAUCGGUAUCCACCAAUUUUUUUUAGCUGUGCGUUCAUUAUGGCGGGAAGCGAUUUGGUAUUCCGCGGCUGGGAUAGAGCGCAUAACACUAGCGGGGAUAUACUUGAGGGGUCAGCCGUGAAGACCACUCGUGUCGCUUUCCUUUUUCUCGCUGCAGCGGCUGUGGAAAAGUUGGGGGCUUCGUGGAUCUGUCGGUAGAGCGGGAUCCCCCCCUUUUUGUGCUCUGUUCUUGCCGGCUGCGGUUGGUACAGACAUGUGCCUUUGCCCUGUGUAGCAGCAGCAGCAGCA